GCCUGAUCUGUUUGUGAGACACACCAUUACUACACAGUACGGUACAUGUCGUCUGUGUGAUUCAUCACAGUGUGCUCACAUUCCUUUGGUGACCAGCAGAAAGUUAAAGCUGUUCGCAGCUUGUCCUUUGCUGGUUCUGCUGCAAAAGCAGAGGCCUGGAUGGGCGACGAUGGGAAGCCCCCACUGAUAGGUGGUGGAUUGUCUCCUCUUUGCCUGCAGGAAAAACGAGCUCUCAUCAGUGCAGUCAGUGUGGCAGUGGAAGACAUUCUGGCUCAGUUCAGCUCCUCUAGGACUCUUGUGCAGAAGAUUCACUCAACAGAUGAGGCUCUCUCUGGAGACAGCAGUGUAAACCCCACUCUGGGUCGGCUGGUGUUGCAGUGCCUUUGCCCGGCCCUGCACGGCCUUCUCUGUGACGGACUCAAGCCCCAUCAGAGUGAUCUCAUCACAGGCAGGAGGCCAAAUUCACCCUGGGGAUUGGUUCAGGCCUCCACUAAACCAGGCCCAAACACCCAGGCUUUGUACAGUUUGCAGGCUAAAGUGGCUGCACUUCCACAGCUCAAGCAAAGCCGGCACAGGUUUAAUGCCUUCCUGUUCGGCCUUCUCAAUAUCAAGCGCCUUGAUUACUGGCUUUCCCACUUACAGACCUGCCAUGAUGUCCUGGAAACAUAUUACUGGCCAACAUCCUUCAUGCGCCUUUCAGGCACUUUUUGCCAGCCUCUCUUUGAAGAGCUUCUCCUCAUGCUGCAGCCUCUCUCCCUCCUGACCUUCAACCUCGAUCUUCUAUUCCAGCACCACCACUUCGACCCACUGUCCCCUGCACUCAGCCCUCCCAGGCGUAGCCCACAGUCAUCCAGUCCAGACCAGCCUCAGACCAAUGGGCAAUAUCUGAAGAAUGUUUUCAAACAAAGCUUCACUGAUCCCAAAGCAGCCAGCCACAAUUCAAGUCCCACAAGCACAUCCAGUUCGGGCCCCACCUAUUGCAGGCCAAUAGGAGGGACGGGUAAAGGAGAGACAAGUCCACAACUGCAAUGGCUUCAGGAGAAGGAGAUAAUAGCCCCUCCUAGUAUCUGGAGUGGGAGUAGCUUCAGCCAGCAGGCAGGUCAGGCUCUUCAGCAAGGUUGGGGGGCUAUGAUACGUUGGAGUGAGCGUUUAGGGCAGAACUGGAAUGGUUUGGCUUCUACUGGUUUGUCAGAGGAGGCCAAAGCACACACCGUACCGGAUCUGAAUACACCCUCCAGUUCUGAUUGUCCAAAGAGCCCAGGUCAGGAGCUUCUGACUGCUGAGGGUGAAACAGUUUCUUGGGGUUUAGGCAGACUGUUUGGAGUAUCCAAAAGCCCCAACAACCCACCAACCAAACGGCGUCCUUCUCACUGGCUGAAUCCUGGUAUAACAGUUCUGUCCCGCAUAUCAAGCACAGGUCAGGCCUUUUUGCCAGAGAAGAUUGAGCCUGGAAAAAAAGAAGCGAGGGAAAGCAGCAAAAAUGAUAAGUGUAAAGAAACUGGUGACCAACCAAAACCUCAAAGGGCGGUCAGAACUCUGUGCGAUCACAUGGGUACAGGAGCAGAGCUGAGCUUCAAAAAGGGGGAGGAGCUCUUACUUCUUGGAGGCGUAGACCAAGACUGGAUUCGCUGUCGCCAAGGUGACAAGGAGGGCCUUGUACCGAUUGGUUAUGCAUCACUCAUCAUGUGACUCCUACUUGGAUGAUCAUGUGAGUUGAAGUGAAGUGAAUCCAUACCACGGACUGCAAUGUUAAAAAGAGAAGGGUGUAUACACUGAUAUUUAUUUCAUGUCCUAACUUCUAAAUAGUUAUUAGGGACUGUGCAGAAAUGCUCAGCUCUCUUGCCUGGUGUGUGAUGUUUCGUGUUUUUUCUCUAGCAUUCAUCUAAACAUAUAUGAUAUUGUAUAAAUUAUACAUUAACAUAAAAAUAUAUAUAUAUUAAUUAAAUAUAGAAAUUCAGAUUAAUCAAAUUCAAAUCAUAAACUUGAUCAUGAUAGAUAGGCAGAUAGACAUGAAGAUUAAAAUAAUAGUUUUAAAAAACAGAUUAGUCAUUAUGUAGUCCAUGUCCAAGAUGAUUAGAAUUCAUUAUCUUGAGUUAUGAAAUGUCCCAUCCAUAUAAUACAGCUUAUUCCAAAUAUCAAGCUUGCUAAUGGAUUGUAAAAGAGAGCAUAUAUAUCCAUUUGUGUGUUUGCCCAAAAUUACAGCUGUGUUUGGGUUUUGGGUGUAUAUCAGUAAAGGAGCUCCUUGCACGCUAUCUUGUUAUUUGUUUUCAUAUUACUAUUAAUUAUGUAGAUUACAAACAUUCAGGCAAGUCAUUAUUGACUCCGUGACGAGGAAAAAGUGAUGACUGUAUGGAUUUUCAGACAUGCCCUGUGUCCGAAAUCGCUCCCUACUCACUAUAUAGUGGGGACGCCAUUUUGUAGUGCUGUCCGAAACCUUAGUGAGGAUUAUUUAAACCCUAUAUGGUGCACUCAAAGUAUCCCACAAUGCAUCACGAAAAGUAGUGUACAACGAUGGUCACUAACCAAAGCAAUAUAUUCCAUCAUGCAUUGUGGUUGCGCUGAAAGAAAUCAAAUUAAAAGUCUCAAAUUUGAUUUAAUAAAAGGCAGCGACAAAGAAGAAAAUAUUCAGCCUUGAUUUAAAAAAAAAAAAACUAAACUGAAAGAUGCAGGUACUUUGUAUUGAUCAAUGUGGGAAAUGCGCUCAGUAUAAUAUGUAUUUAUCACAAAAAUACAUGCAUGUAUUUAUUAUUUUGAAAACACACCAGUCGACUGAUCUGGCACGUUUUAAUUGUGCGAAAGUAAUGACGUAAACACCAGCGCGACGGACUAAUAUCCGAAAGCGUUUUUUCAUUUUACCAAUGAGCUCAAUAUAUAGUUCUCUAUAUAGUAAUUCCCUAUAUAGGGAGUAGUGAACGAGUGAGCGAGUUCGGACACAGGGAUGGAUUAAGUCUAGAACAAGAUAGAUUUCUAGUUGGUAAUCCCAGUAAUUUAGCCUUAGGCUAGAUUUUAAUCUGUUUUAAUCAGCUUACCAGAUGUAUUUAUUUCAAUUUUUACAAUGCUGUUAUCUCCCGAUCACUUUUUAAAAGCCUGAUAAUGUAAAACUUGUACUACGAUUGAUGUUGUUGGCAGUAGAGUACUUUAGUGUAGUAGUGCACUGAUCAUUUUUAGUUGUUAUUUGUUUCCUAAAGUGUGCUGACUAAUGUGAUUUAGAAGAUUUUAUCACUGACUAUGCAUAUACCGUACUGUACUAUUCACAAGACUCAUCACUGGAGUAACCAUAUAUGAUUGAUGGCAUUACUUUAAAAAAAAAAAAAUUGGUAAUCCAUGUGUGAAUGCCUUGAAUGGAGUUGCAUGAACAUAUAUUGAAGUAAUUAGCAUAUUUAUUAUCAGUGUCAGAAGCAAGAUGGCUUCGUUGUGUUGACGUCAGUACAUUGAUUCCCAAAAAACAAUCAUAUAGUGGCUGUUAUGUACUAAAGAUUGUUGCAUUUGCAUAGGACCUAAACCUAAAGGUUGAAGGCGAGCAUUUCCGAUGAGCUGAGCAUAGCAAGCAUGUUGGAGAGGGGAGCACAGGGAACCCAGUGAAAAUCAGUUGCUUCCACACUGGCUGAUGCAUUGAGCGCUGCUGAUUUUGACGGCGUUCCUUCGCCAUCUGUGCCUGCACCGACAUGCCAGUUUGCAUGGAUGGCAGCUUCAUCUCUUUAACCCACACCAACAAAUGCUCACUAUCACUGUGCCAGUUUACAGCAGCAAAGCUGUGGGCUACACACAUCACCCACUUCGUAGAAAAAUGCAGAGUAUUUACAGCACCGCUAGACACCUGCGUGAAUGUGUAAUGUAAACAUGCUCCACCUUUGCCAAGCCUCCGUUAUAUAAGCAUUUCAGCAAACAGGCUCAUGUCUUUUGUAUUGGCCGGGAAAGUAAGUUUGACCUGUUUCAGAAAAGGUCACUUUGCAUUUCUGCACUUGGUUACGUUUAAAGGCUGAGGGUUAAAUAUGUGGUAUUAUGGGUUUAGCUACACAGAAUAACAGCUUAGAUGUGAGUAUCUUUUGAUGUUGUGUUGUUACAGCUAUGAUAAAUUCAAGGCUAAAUUUUGUUUAAUGAAAUCCAUAUAGUGUUUUGUGGUUUGUUUUUUUUCUAUUCUUACCUCAAAGGCAACAUUUCAUUGAUGUAUGGAAGUUUUUUCAGGAAUUUCAGAAAUUGUGAUUUUUUUUUUCCCACUUUUUUAACUUUUUAAAUAAUUUUUUUGUAAUAUGUUUAACAUUGUGAGAUAAAGCCUUGGUUUGGUGGAGAAAUAGAUGUACUGGAUAGUAUUGUGGUAUUGUUUUUGUUCUUGAUGAUUUGGCUGCUGUAUCCAUUUUUUUUUUGUCUAUCUCUCUAUCUAUCUGCUGUGAUGUGUAAGUGCGUAUGUACCGUAUGCAUUACUGUGGCAGUGGGUUGUGUAGCUGUGUGUGAUAUAGCCCGCCACUGGUAGCACACUUCAGAUACAUAGUAGCCUGAGUACCCUGUUCGAUUAACGUCAUUCAAUAGUCAACCAAUUGCUUGCAUGUGGGUGUUUUGUAAAUAUACCCAAAUAAACUAUUCAAAUCAAUAAA